CGGUAACGGCCAGACGCGCGCGCUGGCGCGGGCCGGUCGGUGGCCACCGCAGCCGCCCCCGGAGCCGCGGGUGCCGGGGCCUCCCCGCGAUGUGCCGCCGCUGCCCGCGGGCUGCUCGCCAUGGCGGGGACCGGCGGGCGCCUCUCCUCCCUGCUGCCGGGGCUGGCGGCCGCGCUGCUGCUGCUGCUGGGGCGGCCGCCCCCCGCCGAUGCCGCAGCCGCCGCCACCCGCCCGCAGCAGCAGCGGGCGGCUCUGCCGGCGGGCAGCCCCGCUGCCGCCUCAGGAUCUGUUUUUACGCUAAAAGUUCAAGUAAAUGACAUCGUCAGUCAUCAAUACCUGCAACAAGCAGUUGUAGAGGUGUUUGUUAACUACACAAAGACAAAUUCUACUUUUACUGGAAACAAUGGAGCAGUGUUAAUAAAAGUUCCCUACAAAUUAGGAUUAAGCUUAACAAUCGUAUCAUACAAGGAUGGCUACAUGUUAACAACUUUGCCUUGGAAGACUGGGAGAAUGCCAAUAUACUCAUCUGUGACGCUUUCAUUAUUCCCCCAAAGUCAAGCUAAUAUAUGGCUCUUUGAAGAUACUGUCCUAAUAACUGGAAAACUGUCUGAUGCCAAAUCUCAACCAAGUGUUCAGUUUCCCAAACUUCUAAUAAAGCUUCCAGCAAAUCACCAUAUUACCAAUGUUACAGCCUAUCUGACAGUGCCAGAGCAAUUUUUGACAAUGGACAGCUUUCUUUAUACAACAGGAGUUCUUCUAAAUAAAUCGGGUUUCAAAAGUAUGGAAUUAACUCCUCUUGCUGCAAUAUGUGUAACUCUUCUUUUGGCGGGGAAAGAACUGCAAGUCAAUGGUCCCAUUGAGAUUACACUUCCUCUUCCCACAAGGACUGUAAAGCCAGGAGAUGCCAUACCUGCAUGGACAUUCGAUAUGAAGACUGGUGCUUGGGUAAGCCGUGGGCUGGGAAUGGUAAAGGAAGCAGAUGGUCAGUUAGCAUGGACAUACACUGCUCAACACUUGGGCUACUGGAUAGCAGCUCCACUGUCUGCAACAAGAGAAUCCAUUAUUACUGCCGUUUCCAAGGACAUAACAGCCUAUCACACAGUGUUCCUUACAGCCAUACUGGGAGGUACUGUUAUCAUUAUAGUUGGAUUUUUUGCUGUUCUUCUGUGUUACUGCAGGGAUAAAUGUGGUCGGACACAAAAGAAGGAAAAAAAUACAGCCAAGCUGGAGGUCAUAAAGAAAGACCAGACAACAUCAACAACUCACAUAAAUCACAUCAGUGCUGUCAAAGGCUCUUUAAAGCUGGAAGAUAAGUCGCAGUUAUAUCCCACGAAGGUUUCUUCAUACAGCCCUCAGAGCAGGGUAUCCACAGACACAGAAGAUGGAAAAUCACGAGACAAUUUUAAAAUCUACACAGAGGAUACUUCUUAUCAGUCAUCCUGUCAGACUGGUCAGUCACGAAACGCAGCCCGUUCACUGGAGCCUAAUGCUGGAGUUAAGCACUUACAGCAGCCAAAGCACAGUACUGGUGCUAUUUCCCAGGCCCCUAGGGACACUCAAGACCAAAACAGAUACCUUUCACUGCAAGAAGAGCUGUAUGGACUUUCCCAUAUCCCAGACCAUCUGAUGCAUAUUUACAACCAGCCUAUUGCUAUUCUUCAAACCUCUGACCUUUUCCACUCCCCGGAACAAUUGCAUCCUGCUAAAUCAGCAACUUUGCCAAGAAAAGGGCAGUUAGUAUACAGCCCCAUGCUGGAACCCAUCAAUCGUGACAGCUACGUGCAAACGUUACCGAAACUGCCAGUGCACUCUCAUCCACAGCCUUCUGCCUGCAGGGAAGAAAACAGUGAAUUAGAUGGUGAAGAGGGCUUACCUUCCCAAGCAUCCAACUGGGGCCGGUACACCAACAGCUUACUGGAAUCUGUCUCUGUUCCUGGGACAUUGAAUGAAGCUGUUGUAAUGACUCCGUUUUCAUCUGAACUUCAAGGUAUUUCGGAACAGACAUUAUUGGAACUCUCUAAAGGAAAACCAUCUCCACACCCUCGAGCCUGGUUUGUAUCCUUGGAUGGAAAGCCGAUUGCUCAAGUGAGGCAUUCUUUCAUAGAUCUGAAAAAGGGCCGAAAAACAGAGAGUAAUGACACCAGUCUGGACUCUGGUGUGGACAUGAAUGAGCAUCAUCCUAGUAGGAAACUGGAGAGAGAGAAAACUUUCAUUAAAAAUAUGCCGCAUUCCAAGAUUCUUUACUUGGAAGACCUGGAUCUGAGUAGCAGUGAAAGUGGGACCACUGCUUGCACUCCAGAGGACCAGGCUGUGAAGCACGUUCUGGAUGGAGGGAAUGGGCCAGUCAUAGAACAGCAUGAUGAAGAAGGUCUAAGAAGAAAAACGGGAUCAGGAAGUCAUGAAUCUGGUAUCCCUGCUGCUAAAAAAAGGGAUAGACCAUCUAUCGCAAAAAGAGAUAACAAAACCAAUAUCUGGAAGAAAAGAGAGGAGAGGCCGCUUAUACCUAUAAAUUAAAACACCAUGUGCUUUGUGUUGUUGCUCUCCCUGCUGUUUAUUGACCUCUUGGCUGCUUGUGUAAUUCUGCAGUGUUGGAUUUACAAGGGAAAAGUUGUUUUCAAGUACCAAUAAAAAUUGUGAAUUUUUUUUAAUACACCUUUUGAGUUGCUAAGCUUCAUCUGGGCAAUUGAUACUCAAUGUGAAUUGAGAACAGGGAAAUGCUACUAUGAAAAUUUUCCAGUUCCUAAUUUUGCUGGCAGUAUAGGGAAGGCCCACAUUUUAAUUAGCCAGUCAUUCUUGGACACACCUCUGGGAAUGCAUGGAGAGAAACGUAGGCACGUGUUUUAAUUUUUUUGUACUCGUUGCUAAUGCAUUAGUAGACUGGUUAAAGCUGCUCCUCAGCCUUUUUCCUAAUCAGUGUAACUGUCUGUACAGUAUUUUAUAUGUGAAGUUUUCUAGGGAUCUGUUACUUCUUUGUAUAAGGUAAAAUGUUUCAUCACUUAGUCCCAUGACACCAGCAGAUGAGCUCUGUUGGAUUUACAAGCAGAGCUCUCUAGCAUUACUGCCCUCCCUGUGUGCCCAUCCAUGUGCAAAAGGUUCCCUUUCCAUGUAGCAGUGGCAGAAGGGGGGAAAUGGACAGGCGCUGUGGCUGCUGCAGUUAAUGAUCCUUGCUGUCUGAAGAUGCUGCCCGUCUGCUCUGUUUUAACCUGUUUUGUUACAAACUGUGGACAUUGAAGACUGGCAUCUGCUUUGAAGUGGCCACAUCUGGCAGAAAAGGACUGGUGCUGUUAGCAUUGGAAGCUGCUGCUGCUGCUGGCCCCAGUGUCUUGUUUUGCUUCGCUGUCAGUUAACAUCUUCUCUUCUACAUGCAGUCGGGCCAGUUGUGCUCCACAACACAGUCUUGAAUCCCUGCAAAUUUAUAAGUUAAGAGUUCGGCCCAUAUUGGAAAAGUAUCCAAGUUUAGACAAAUUAUGCUUUUGAAAUAGUUUAUUUUCCAGGGAAGUUUGGCUCUAUUGCAUUUUAUAUUUUUUAAAAUGGAACAUCGUCGGGGUGUUAUGUGCCUACAUUUGGUCAGCCUGAGCUACUUUUGUCUAGAUUGUGCAUUGCAGAGGGGUUAAACAGGCUUUAAAAGUUGGAGUUUUCAUGGGCGUGAGAGAGCAGAUAGCAAAAUUUGGUUUAUAAUGCAAUUUAAAUACUACUUAUGACUCAGAGUUAAAUUUACCAAAAGUCAUGAAUGCAUGAAAUGUAACUAAGGUAUGUAUAGAGGAAGGAAAAGGCCAUCAGAAUAUUCUUUAUUUUUUAUGUUCAUCUUGUAAAAGUGAUUGUUUCAACUUUGGCUAACAGAAAAGUAGGUACAUCCCUUCAUGUGCUUCAUAUAGUGUAUAGGAUGUCUUUCUGUGGCUUUUAAGCUGUUUCUCUGAUGAAAUAAGUUCCAGCAUUUUGGCUUUGGCAGUUUGAUUAUAAAUCAUCCCAGAAGAAGGCUUUAUAAAUAUUUCCCUUAGAGCCUGGUUAAGGUCCUAUAUCAAGACCCCAACAUACAAUGCCUGAUACUGAAUUGUGGAGUGAGGUGUACACAGUUGUAGGCCCUGUAGUAGUGCACUCAAGAGUUGGGAAAUAUCCUAUGCAGCUGGGCUUCUGGGAAUAUUCACUCAGGAAACUUUACUGUAAAAUGUCUGUUAUGUUGGGUUUGUCAGUUGUCUGGUCCUGUUUCUAGAAGAAUAUGCAAGGUAACCAAAGUGGUACUAGCAAUAUACGUCAGUCCCACUUCUUCUGGUGUGCAGUUGCUUCACAAACAAAAUAUUAUAUUCCUGUUGAGUUCACAAGUUUGGAAGUGCAAAAUAAGUUUGAGGUGGGUGCAACUAAGUCUGUAAUUAAAUUGGCCAAAGUAAUCUGCUUUAGUUAUAUGAUUCAUGUACUCUGGAGGUAAAGAUGGCUAGUCACAUUGGCAUGCCUUUGGUAGUCUUUUUAGGUAACUGUAAUUCAGUAUUCCUAUACUGAAUACAUUUUCACAAUACCUUUUUUCUAUAUGCAGUUCCACUGGAUUUUGUGUGACUAACUCUCUAGACCCAAAUACUCUAAUCGUCAACCUGUGAUAUAUACAGUAGUAGGAGUCAAUUUGUAUGUCUUGUGUAGAUGCACAUUUCUUCUGAAAUAUUGCCCUGCUCUUAAAGUUGCAUCAGUUCUAAUGGCUCCUUUUUUAUAUAUAUUCUAUUGAACAUAAUAGAACAUCCCUGACAAUCUCGUUGUUUUGAGGUGUUAAUAUUCAAUUGAUAUGUCUCUUCUUGAAUAUUUUUUGUUCACUUACAGUAACUUAAAUAUUUUGAUUUUUAAUGUAUUUUUUACUAUAUAUACUAUAUAUACUAUAUAUACCAAAACGAUCUAAUUCCCCAAACUUACUUGUGUCACUAAAAAAAUACAGACUACUGUAAAUGGCUUUAUUAAUGAGAGUUCAAAGGAAUGAAGAUUUGCACUCCAGCAUUCUUGUUCUGUGUCACAGUAGUAUCUGGUCACCAAAGGAAAAGGAUUGGAAAUGGUAAAAAAAUCAGUUAUAAGUUGGAGACUUUGAAGUAAUGGUGCCUAAAGCUGUGCUGAUGUAGUGAUUGUUGUCUGCUUGGCUAGCUGGUCAAGAGCAAAAAGCAGAGUUUGGUUCUGUACCAUCAUUCUAAAGGAGCUAUUGGCUGCCUGGGUUUAGGCACGAUUUUACCUUGUACAUAGAGUAGUAAUGCAGAAUGGCCCCUUUAAAACCUGUGCAUCAGUGAUGCACUUCAGCUUUUAGCCAACAAAGCAAGUCAGAGUGGAACAGAUCUUGCCAGACUUUCUUGCUGCUAGGCUUCCCAGGAGUAGGAAGAAAGAAUUAAUAGGCAUCUCAUCAUAUACAGGAAUGAUUUUUCUACUAGACAGCAGCUGCUCCCUUCCCAAAUGAGAGUGUAGGUGUUUCUUUUGGCAGAUUAUUUAGAUUAUUUUCUGGAGAGGACAUGCUGCAGUUCUGGCAAUACCAUUUCCAAGGCUGUUGUUAGCUGUUGCUUCUAUCCAUGCCAGUCAGGCAACAGAGGUCUUUGCUUUGUUGAUCGCAUCUGUCAACUUAUCUUUAACUUGCUGACAUUUAUCACAUAAUGCCUUACGCUGCUUGUAACACUUUAAAAUGUGUUUUUAAAGUCUAGUUUUAUAUUAAAAAUAAAUACAUAACUUGUUUUCUAUGUCAAAUGAAAACUAUUCUGUAGACAGAAAUUAUUGCUGCAGUUGUACCUGCAAAGAUAAAUGCUAUGGGAAAACUGCUGAUGCCUGUAGGCACUAAAGUUUGGAUUUAAAAAACUGUAUAACUCUAAAAUUAUUAUCAUUAUACUUCAUAUUUUUAUUCAGUAUUUACAGAAUUUAUUGUCUUACUGUUCCAGCUGUAAGUUGGAAUUUAUGCUCUGGAAACCUCUAUUACCUAUUGUCACAGUUAAAGUCAGGCAAUUAAACAAAUUAUAAUAAUGCUCUUGAUCCCCUCCCCCUCUACCCAGAUAGGGAAAAAAGAGGGAGAAUAAGGAGAAAGGCUUCCAGAUUGAAAACUAAGCUAGGCAGCUUAAACUAAAUACUAAUCAUAAAAGAAAAUAUGGACAAAUAUAUACAAAUAGGUUGAAAGUGCAAAAUCCCCAUCACCUCCUCCCACUCCCAGCAACUCCCACAGCACUCCUUAGCUGGCUGUGAGCAGUCCCAAAAAAUCCUGGGCCAUUUCUGGAGAUAGCAGAGCAGACAGGAGCUGAGGGCAGAGAUACGAGGGUCAGGAGCACAUGGGCCAGGGGUUCAAACAAGAUGGAUAGACCAAGUUGUCCCUGGAUGCUGACCAUGGAUGAAAGAGAAAAGGAAAAAGAAGGGGUUGACUUCCGUGAUCUCUGAAUUUAUAGUGAAUGUCACAUGUCUAAGGGAUGGCAUACUCUCUUUGGCUAGUUUUGCCAUCUGCCUAGUCCACUCCUCCCUGCAGGAGGGUUGUAGAUAGGACUCUUCUGCUUCUUCAGUGUCCGAAGCAGCAGAUCUGACAAGUGGAGCAAAGCGUCCUUGGUCUCUCAGCAGUACCUAUAAACAUUCCAACAUUAUCAGUCCACCAGCUGGAAAACUUGCUGUUACUUUCAGCAAGCAUGCUGCUUAAAGGAGUUCACUGAAGAAAAAAAAUAAUAAUCAGAAAAAAGAAAAUGGGCUUCAUCCUGGCUCAAAGCAGGACACCUGUUAUAAGCUGGAGUUUUUUACAGUUUUAAAACAUUAAAAAAUGAGUUUGUGUAAACUGAGUUCUAAAACUUUUAAUUCCAGGGAUAACAUACCUGCUGUGUAACAUGUGGGAAAGACUAAUGCUAGUCUGUACUUCUAUAUAGGAUUUCAACAUACGUAUUUAUAGAAUUGUUAAAUUUUUAAAAAUAUUUGUUGUUGUUGGCUCAGUAUUGCAGCACUAACAGGGUGCAAAAAUGCUAGUGCUUAAAAUUAGGUCUGUACAAAAAGUAGCAAGGAUUCAUGGGAAACUGCCCUCAAAAAGACCCGUGAAAGAUUCAAAGGUUUUGACUUACCUGAAUCUGAUGGUUGAUUACCUUGAGGAGAAGUGGGCCAUGCCUGAAGCACCUUUAAAGUAAUCCCCCUCUGAAGAGAGGGGAAUGAGUGGGAAAACUGGAAAGGAUACAGCUUCUUUCUGAUGCUUGUUUCCAAAUUGAUUAUGUAUUUGUGCUUUGGUGGAAUUGAUUCUUUUUGCAGAACACAAAUGUUUGCAAGCAUCAUGUCUCUGUUUUUCACAAGAUGCUUCUCGAGCUGUCAGCUUUUGCAAAAAAAAUAACCCACAUAUGUGCCCGUAAAGUUUAAAGUGAAAGGUGUUAGGUAGAUACAGAAGACUCAAGACAGAAUUCUGUAAUAUUUAUAAGGUGGAAGGUGGUUAAUAAACUUCAGGCCAGUGUCCCUGCUGUAGUUGCAAUACAUUGUGUUCAAAUUCUUCUUCCAGAAGGGAAUCCCAGUUCCAGGUCUUGUGUGCUUUUGACAAGGUGGUUAAUGGAGUUAGCCAGGGCUUGUGUCUGCAGUGAAUUCAUGUGGUAGGUCAGUACUUUAACGUAUCAUAUGUUAAGGGAAGUGAUCAAGCUAAAUAGUGUGCAGCUGCCUGCAUGUGAAUGUCGGUAUGCUACCUAGAAUAAGCUAAUCUACAGUAAUAUUCAGGUUACCAAAUGCUACAUAUUACAGAAAUGUUGUUUAUUUUUUAAGAAUAUGGAGGAGAAUCACUUAACAAGGAAAAAUCUUACAGUACUGUCAGGGAAAUAAAACAAAACAAAAACAAAACAAACAAACAAAAACCCCACAACUCUGGUAUCUUACAAACUUGAAAGCACAACUGAUUUGAUGAUUAUUUAUUUGCCAAUGUAGACCUAAAAGUGAUGCACAAAAUAUAAUGUAGGAUCUACAAAUGAAAACAUUUAGUUGUUGCUGUGUUUUUAUGCAGUAAUUUGUACCAAAGAGGAUGAAAUGAAUGGGCACCAGUCUGAACUCUUCUCAUUAGUUAAAAGGUGAAACAGGUUAACAAUAUUUCUCAUCUAACACUGUGCAAAUUAAAAGGCAGUACACUCUGUCUGUUGCCUAGUACUGCAUAUUAGGAAAAUCUGAGGAUAAAUUAAUUAGCCUGCUGAAGUGCCUUUGUCUUUCAUCAGACUUAUUUUAUCAGUGGGGCACCCAACUAUCUGAAAGCACAUUAUGGGUUUUUUUUCUGUUAGCCAAAAAACCCUUCAAUUCAUACUUCAAAUUAUGUAGCUUUUUUAAUAUUCGAGAAGGCGGCUCUAGUGUUUUUUAUGUUGGAAUACUGGUCCUGCAUGUUGAUGAUGAUGAUUGUCGUAAACCCUGGGUUUUUUUUGUAUUUUAUGUCUGAAAAGAAAUUAAAAAAAUAUAUCUUUAGCAUUCUGAA